AUGCCAGGGCUUCCUCCAAAUGCACGGUGGGAGAAGAUCACGGACUGGGAAAAGCACUGCGGUGGCUUGAAGUGGGAAGAGGACCGGACGGUUGCUGAAGACGGGACGGAUCUGGCCGUUGUCUAUGCGACUGUCCCUCUACCAAAGAGUAAAUCUCGGGCUCUUAUGGCAACAAAGGAGGGACCCUCUGCUCACGUCUACAUUCUUUAUAGAGGAUACUGGACAUCCCGAGGCCGACCUUCGGAGCCGGGGCUGAGGCUUGAUGCUCAGGCCGGUGCCCGAUGGAUAGCGGAACGGCACGAGCGCAUAUACGGCAAGCACUCCGGCACCGUCCCCAUCCUGUUAGUCUGGGGCCAGAGUAUCGGCUCGGGGGUAGCCACAAAUCUUGCAGCAACCGGCAAGCUGCCGGCCAACAUGCCAAUAAGGGGUCUGUUGCUCGAGACCCCAUUCGUGUCUAUCAAGGCAAUGUUAGAAGCCAUAUAUCCCCAGAAGUGGUUACCAUACAAGCAUCUCUGGCCGUUCCUGCGAAAUCAUCUCGACAGUUGGGCAAACUUCGGUAUUAUUGCCAAUGCGUGCCGGAAGGAAGGCCGCCCAGCCCCAUUGGUGUACAUCCUACAGGCUGAACGGGACGAGAUUGUUCCGAAGGAGCAGAGUGAGCAACUUUACCAGAGAUGUCUUGAGCUUGGGAUCCCUGUCGAAAGAGGCAUCGUGCCCUCAGCAUAUCACCAGCAAGCGAUCACUUAUGGUGAUGGGAAGGCACUGGCUGCUGAGGCCAUCUUGAAGUUGAUUAAGGCAGGUCUCUAUAAUGGGUGA